AUGGCCAACUACUCAAUCUUUAUCAUGAACACUGAACUCGAGAUCUAUAAAAAACUACUCAAUUCCAUCAUAAAUACUCUCCUUUUUUUCUCUUCAGACUCGUUCCCAUCGAAAGAAGAACAACGAUAUCUCAAAAUACCUUUGAUACACGACAACUAUUUUACGAGUACCACUCACUUUAACAACUUUUACACUUCGAAACACUCACUCACUACUGAGACACACAAACCUCCUGGGAUGAAAUACUCCUUCGUUACUCUGGCCGCGGUGGCCGGAGCCGCACUCGCGGCGCCUCCGCCGUCUGCCAUCGACAACUUCGGCCCGGAUUUCUUCACCCCUUUCUGCAACCUCGACUACAAGGGCAAGCCAUGCGAGGAGCUCGUUGGAAAGGGCGACAAGAACGCUGAUGCCAUCUGCAAGGCUGGCCGUGAGCACUUCUGCGGUCCUAAUCAGAAGCGUGAUGCUGUCCCUGAGCCUCAGCCCGACCCUGUUGCUGAUCCCAUGCCCUGGUGUACUUGGCGUGGACAGCCCUGCUGGAAGGACAAGAUGAAGGCUAAGCGUGAAGCUAUUCCCGAGCCUGUUGCAGCUCCUCAACCCGACCCCGUUGCCGACCCCAUGCCAUGGUGUACCUGGCGUGGCCAGCCAUGCUGGAAGGAGAAGAUGGCCAAACGUGAGGCUAUCCCUGAACCAGUUGCUGCUCCCCAACCCGAUCCUGUCGCUGAGCCUAUGCCUUGGUGCACCUGGCGCGGACAACCUUGCUGGAAAGAAAAGAUGCGCAUGGCUAAGCGUGAACCCAUUGCUGAACCAGUUGCUGCCCCCAAGCCUGAUCCUGUCGCUGAACCUAUGCCUUGGUGCACUUGGCGUGGACAGCCCUGCUGGAAGGAAAAGAUGAGAAUGGCUAAACGCGAUGCUCUUCCUGAACCAGUUGCUGCUCCCAAGCCUGACCCUGUUGCCGAGCCCAUGCCUUGGUGCACAUGGCGAGGUCAGCCUUGCUGGAAGGAGAAGAUGCGCAUGGCCAAGCGUGAGCCUGAAGCUAUCCCCGAACCCGUCGCUGCUCCCAAGCCUGAUCCCGUUGCCGAGCCUAUGCCCUGGUGCACAUGGCGCGGACAGCCCUGCUGGAAGGAGAAGAUGAAGCUCAAGACCCGCGAAGCCGCUCCCGUCGCUGAGCCCGAGCCCAAGCCUUGGUGCAUGUGGCGCGGACAACCCUGCUGGAAGAAGACCAAGCGCGCCGCUGCCCCUGAACCCGCUCCCGAGGCUGAGAACGAACCUAGAUGGUGCAUGUGGCGAGGUCAGCCUUGCUGGAAGAAGACGAAACGUGAUGCUACUCCUGAGCCUUGGUGCAUGUGGCGUGGCCAGCCCUGCUGGAAGUCUAAGCGCGAUGCUGCUCCUGAGCCCUGGUGUAUGUGGCGAGGACAGCCAUGCUGGAAAGCCAAGCGCGAUGCCGGUCAAGCUCUCUCCAACGCCCUCCACGCAACUCGAUCUCUCGACACCCGAUCCGCCGACGCACCCAGCACCGCUCAUCUCCCCCGCGACGCCGCCCACAAGGCCAAGCGCUCCAUCGUCGAGCUCGCCAACCUGAUCGCCCUCUCUGCACGCGGUAGUCCCGAGGGGUACUUCAAGAGCCUCGAGCUCGAGACCUUCUUCCCCGACGCUGCUCCCAACGCUACCGCCAAGCGCGACCUCAACACUCUUCAGGAGGAUAAGCGCUGGUGCAUGUGGCGAGGACAACCUUGCUGGAAGGCCAAGCGCGCUGCUGAGGCAGUUCUCGAUGCCGUCGAUGGCGAUGAUGGUGCUACUGGUCCUGGAGGUCCCGACUCUCACUACGAUACUCGGGAUUUCAAGUCUGAGAACUUUGCGGCUAAGCGAGAUCUCAUUGCCAUCAAGGCAGCAGCUCGCAGCAUUGCCGACAUGCCCGAGGAAUAA